AUGUUUGCGCAUCCGACGCGAACCUUAGAGGAAAAUAUUGAUCUCAAAGCCUCUUUACCGCACAUCCAUAGACAGGUUUUAUCUAUAGGUGUACUUGGAUUCGGACUGCGUUCAGUGGUCGAGACCUCAGAGUUUUCUGAAAUCAUCGGAACCCGAGAGCUUACCACAGCCGCUCUUGUGAUGCUUUCAAUCGCGGUUUGUAUGUUCGCUGCCACUCCACUUGGUCUGUUCUCAGUAAUUAAUAAGCAGAACACUAUGAUGCUGACGUACAUGGCAGUGACUUUCUUUGCAUGCCUGUUCAGUGCACUUUGCGCAUGGUUAGGAUUGAAUUUGAAACACGAGGUCGAGCGUGGAGUGAUUUUGCAAUGGAUGAAUACGAGCUUUUUGAAAGAGUACGGUCAUCCGGAAGCUGUCGCGCUAACUGAGUCUUGGGAUAACAUGCAACGGAAGACAUACGGUGAGUGGCAAAUUAAGAGUCCAAACAGAUUUAAGCAGUUCACCUUCAGCCUUACAUUUAAGAUACCUCAACGGUUUGCCACCGGCGCAGUUAAUGACUGCAUUUCGGUGAAGAAAAGUUAA